CGGAAAUGUGUCGACCGCUACUUCCGCUAAGCUAGUCCUUGUGUGAAGCUGAUGUUAUGUUUUGAGACAGUCUGAUCAGGCUUUUAGGAUCUGCAGGAAGUCAAUCGUCUCACUUAACAUGUCUGCGGCCACUGAUGCACAAGCAAGCCCACAGCCAGUCAUAUGUAAAGUAUGUGGAACAUACUUUGAGACACGACGAGGACUGUCAAGCCACGCCCGCCUCCAUCUGCGGCAGCUUGGCGUGACGACGUCAGAAAGCAGCGGAGCUCCCAUCGAGCUCCUCUACCAGCUGAUGCAGGAGAAAGGUGGCUCCUUACCCGAGUUCAAAGCAGACUCCUCCACUCCUGAGCCGAGCCCCCUCAAGAAAACCAGCCAGCAGGAGUCCAGGACUCCCUUAAAACUGGAAGACAAAGGUCCCUCUAACAAUCCAGGGGUUAGAGUCGUGACAUCUCCCCACAAGAUGGAUCAUCAGGGAUCUCCAGUUAGAUCUAAAGAGUCAGCAGCCACUGUCCUGCCGUCAUCUCCUUCUGCUCAUAAGCUCUCUGAAGGCAGCAGCUCGUCAGCCACAGAGCACCAAACCCCAACCAAGCCAUUGUGGGCACCGCUGGAGACUGAUGCCCCUAUUACCUUGGCCUCUGACACCGCUGAUGAAGUCUACGUCUGCCAGCUUUGUGGCUGUUGGUAUGAGACACGUAAGGGCCUGUCCAGUCAUGCUCGGGCCCAUAUACGUCAGAUUGGAAUCCCUGACAGCCAGAUUAAGGGCAGCGCAAUUGAUUUUCUGCACCGGAUUAUGGAGGAGGAGGACCUGAAGCCAAUCGGCACUGACCAGCAGGAGCCGCUCACCACAAACAGUGCCCCCGGGUCUUCCUCCAAACGUCCCUCUGAGCUGACCUCUCCCACUGCAUCUCCCCCAGGCAAACGUCCCAAAACGUCAAAAGAGUGCACCUGUAUUCUGUGCGGGGAGGAGUUUGAGAAUCGUAAAGGCCUGGCCAGCCACGCUCGCUCUCACCUGCGUCAGUUCGGGAUGACUGACCUGAUGGGGAAAGGCUCUGCACUUGACACCAUCCAGGAGCUGGUCAGCAGUGGCAUGUUAGAAGCCGUGCACCCCCCCAAAACUAACAGUGCAUCCAGCUCUUCAUCAGUGCCAUCGACAUCCCCAGCCUGUCCUCUAUCCCCAGCUCGGUCUCCAGCUCUGAGCCUGUCACAGCGCCCUGUAAAGAGCCUUCACUCUCCUCCACCUCUGGUUAAUAAGGCCCCAAAGGCAAAGAAAGGCUUCCGGCUAGCAGUGGACCCCCUCCUCAGAAAGCUGAAGCCUGAGCCUGUUGAGAUUGAGGUAUCUGCUCCAUCGGAGAUACCCAACACUCUCAGCAGCUCUCCUCAGAAGUCGCCCCCGGCUCUUGUUGCUUCAAAGCCUUUGAGUGCAGACGUCCAAUCCCCACCUACAGUCCUUUGUGACUUCUGUGGCCAGCUGUUUGACACCCGCAAAGCCCUGUCCUGCCACGUCCGCGCCCAUCUGCGGCAGCUCGGCCUCACCUGGUCGAUCAGAACGUCGCCGAUCGACCUCCUCAAAGAGGUCAUGUUGCGUGGUGAAGAGGGCCUUAAAGGUUCUGCAUCAGGCAAAGCCACGUGGACCCCUCAAGCCUCCAAAAAGCCCCCAGAGCGCCCCCUGUCGAAGGAACCAGCCUCCAACAACUGCACCUCACCUCUUGACUAUUCCAUGAAAGAGAAAUCUCCGCCUGGCAAGAGUGUGGCCUCGUUCCCUGACACAUCCUGUGAGCUUUGUGGGUUUAAUUUUGAAAACCGCAAGGCCCUGGCCAGUCACGCGCGGGCCCACCUCCGACAGCUGGGAAUCAUUGAAUGGAAGGCAGACGGAGCAACUUCGCCAAUCGAGCUCCUCAGUGAGUUGAUCCGGAGAGACCCAGUCAAAGUGGCGGCAAUAACCCGCCGCUACCGUUCAGGAGACCUGUACAUCAAGAAGGUCCAGAAGCCUGCUGGUUCGCCCUCUCUGUCCACAGACUCUGACUCUGUGCCAGGCACCAGCUUGAAGCUUGAGCCCAGGGCGGGCAGAGAGAACCUGGGCGUCAUGGCAGGCUCAUCCAGACAAACGCAAGGCCACACACGGACACUUGCAGGCCACAGCAACCCUGGUGUGCGCUCACCAAGGGGGGUCCAUCCGCCCAAACACAUAGCGGCCAGGGGGGGACAAAGUCGGGACAACAACUCCCAGCAUCCACCACGGUCUGGCAGCAUCCCUGCUAUGCUGCCAAAGCCUCCGCUCACUCCACUGGUUAAGCUGGUUGGCAAAAUCUACUCACUCAAGUGCAGGUUCUGUGAAGAGGUGUUCCACGGCCCUCUGUCUGUUCAGGAGCAGUGGAUCACACACCUCCAGAAACACAUCCUGUCGUUGGGCUACAAAGGCAAAGAGUCUCCUCCUGCCGCACCGGUGGCAGCUCCUGUACUCGUGGAUCCAGUCGCUGUCUAGUCCAUGAGAUCUCUCUCGAAUUAAUAUCACCCGUGGUCAUCGUUUUAACCAUGUCAGAGUGGAGGGGGAGUGCUUAAUAUGAGGUUCAAUAUCAUCAGAAAAGUGUGAAAUAGAUGUUUCUGUCUUAACCUGGGGGUUGCAAACACGAGCCAUAUUAGAAAGCAGGGGGCUCUUAAUCCACUCAGACAAAAUCCAACAGAUUUGGGUGUUUCUGGAAAAGGUAGUUCCUCAUUUUGACCAUCAGUGCUUUAUUCCUCCUGCCCGUACAUUCCUUCCAUUUGUACCAAUUCUAAAUGUGUUCAAUGGGAUUAAUGUCAUAAAUGAAUAACGCAGCCCACAUUAAGAGGACAUUCCGAGCUUAAAUUGAAUUUUCAGUUUUUGUUUUUGUUCCCCUGAGUAGACUGGCACGGUCGCCAUUUCACUGUGAUGUCCGAUUUCUCCUUUGAAUCAAGCCUUGUUUUAAAAAUGUACAUUUUAAGUCUUUUACUUUUUAAAUCCGCCGCAAUUUAAUUUAUCCGUCAAACAGAAAACAUUUAAUACUGAAACAUUGACACCAGAAAGUUACACAAUGUGUGUUUAAGUGGUUCAUCCUGGUCGACAUAAAAAAACAUAAUGUAAUGUCACCAACCAUCUUGACCAUAGACACUUUGUUUCUGUUCCCACAUCAUGUUCAGGUAUAAUUGCUGAUCACAAACUAUCGAUUUCUUUUUACAUUCCUUUUUUAACACCAUUUUGUGGAUUAAAUUCUGUCUUGGAUGUAAACGUAUUGUGUACAAAACAUGAUCUUUAUGUACAAAUGAAGAUAAAUGGACAUGAGCGUGCACAGUU